GGAAGCCCGAAAUGGGAACUUGCGUGUCCCCCACGCACCUUCGCAAAAGGGUAAGAGGAGAUCUUUUUGUGGUCCCUAGCUAGUGACUUUCCAGUUUCUUCCUUCACUGGUCAGGAAAGGAAACUCAGGAGACCCAGCCUUGGGCAACUUGAGGAUUAGAGCAGCAGUUCUCAAAGUGUGGUUCUGGGGAACCUGUGGGUUCCAAGAUCCCGUCAGAGAGUGUGUCAAAAUUGGUUUCAUAAUAAUAGUAAGACGUCAUUGGUCUUUUUCAUUCUUGUUGAAAAUUUCCAGAGGCGACGUGAUGUGUGUGUGAUGAAGUCACUGCUCUGAUGACUAAUGGAAUGUGUGCUUGUAUAUUCUAUUUUUUAUGUUUAUUUAUUUAUUUUUUGAGAGAGAGAGAGAGGGAGGCUGAGAAUCCCAAGGAGGCUCAGCACUGUCGGCGCAGAGCCAGAUGCGAGGCUCGAACUCACGAAACCAGGAGACCAUCACCUGAGCUGAAAUCAAGAGUCAGACUGAGCCACCCAGGUGCCCCAUGCUUGUAUAUUCUUAGAUUUCCUAGAAUUUCCUAAGGUAAACUAUUUGGGUUCUUCAGUAAUUUUUCCCCUCUAUAUUUGUAAUUUUUAGAAUUAACACACUGUUUUUUCUUAUUUUUUUCCUUAUUCUUUCUUAAAUCUCUGACCUUCCUUGUGGACACCCACUUCCCCUGCAUGAGGUACACUCUUUACAAUUUCCUUUAGUCAAGAUCUGCUUUUGAAAAUUUUUCUGUUUUGCUUGUCUACAUAUGUCUUUAAUUCAUCUUAAAAUUCUUGAAGGGUUUAUUUCACUGCUUAUAGAAUUUGAGGUUGAAAGUUAUUUUCUUACAGCAUGGUGAUAUCAGACUAUCUUCUGGCUUCUAUUGCUGUUGAAAGUUGUUGUAAUCCUUACUUGCUGCAUCCUCUGUGCUUCUUUUUCCUCUUUGCUUUAACUUUUUAUUUUGAAAUAAUUACAAAUUUACAGAAUGUGUGAUGACAUUGCUCUUGCGACUAAAGGAAUGUGUGCUUGUGUAUUCUUGUGUCUAAUAGAAUUUUCAAAGGUAAGCUUUUUGGAUUCUUCAGUAAUUUUUAAAUGUCCCGAGAGCAGAAUGUUUGAGAACGGUUGAAUGAGAGUAUAGCUGUUUCUUGACUGUACCCACUGGAACAAGUAUUCCGCCUUUUGCAGGUAGUUUUUCUUUGACAUUCCACCUUCCCAGACAGAGCCUCUGAGGGCUUGCUUUGGCUGCCCUACUUGGGUUCCAGGAUGAGUCAAAGAGAAAGCAGAGAAGGGUCCCACAGCGCUCUCCGUCUGUAGAAUGAAAGGUUGGACUAUCACCAAAUGACCCCUCAAACAUCCAACAAGUGAUUCUCUGCCUUUGCUAGCAAUACCCUGUAUGUAAAAAGGAAAGCAAAAGUAGGUUCUCUGUUACCUUUCCCACCCUCUGGGAAUGUUAUGCAUAGUGAGUCACCUGGGAAUUUACCAAAUGUCUUUCUCAAAGAUCUUUAAAAAUAGCAUUGAUUCUCAUCUGCCUGAGCUACUUCAGGUGAUGUGUUUCCUGACACCAUGACACAUGGAUGAUCAUCCAUAGGCCCUUCCCUGCUCCCGGUCUUACUCGUGGGAGGAUCGAGGAGAGCUAAUUGCGUUCAGCCCAGGUUUCUGAUUGUUUCCUUAGGAAGAUUCCUAGAAGUGAAAUUACCAACUAAGCAGAGAUGUCAUUUUGUUCAUCUGAAGCCAGACAAACACUCCAAAUUCAGGUCCUCAUUACAUGAAAGUAUAAUUUGAGAUGACUCCGCAGAUGGGCUUGCUCUAGCUAAAAUUAUCUAAAUUUUGAUAACAUCUGACAUCUAUAUUCCACAGGUUAUAAUACUUGGGAUAGACUAGAGUUUGGGUCUUCUCCAGAGGGGGUUUUCUUGCUACAUGUGGGCAAAACUUUAUGGGUAUGAUCAAUAAAAACAACUAGCCCCAGGAAAACACCUUGUUUUGGGCCAAGGUUUUCUUUUAUUUUUCUAUCCUUUUUUUUUUAAUUUGUGAAAUUAUCCUUUAGGGCCUGGAAAGCUGUUCCAUCUUUAGGGGUGGACCAUCAAAAGUGUAAGACUUCUCUUUGUAAGUAUAAAGUAUUACGUUGCUUUAGGCUGCAGUUAUGAGGCUGGUCAGUAAUAAGUAAGGUAUUAAUCAGGACUCUUGUCUGCAAGUACCUGAUUCUAACUAGUUUAGGCAAAAGGGGAAUUCACUGCUCAGCACAGGGAGCACAGGUCUGACAGGAACUAGAACCUUGUGGUACAGUCUGAAAUAUACUGAAAAAGAGGGAAGAUCGGUGCUUGUAAUGGACAUCUGUUUGUGUCUCAGAAAAUCAUUUUUUGCUUUUGAGUAAUUAUUUCCCCCCUAAGCCCCAAAAGAUGGUUCUCCUUGGUGAGGGGGGAGGAGGCUCCCAAUCAGAGCAUGCCAUCUGCUUUGUCAAUAUUGUGAUCCAAGCCAUGCCAACCAGUGUCUUUUCUCAGUGAUGCCAAGAAAGUCCUUCCCUUUCUUCUGGCACAUCUGAGAAGAUGUGGAGGUCUGAGACAAUGACUUUGACCUGCCUGGGAAAGACUGACCCCAUUUGAGUUUCUGGCUCUGCAUAGCCACAGGUGGAAUGGCCUGUAUGCUCCCAAUCAUCUCUGUUGCCUGCUUUUGACCACCUCACACCCCCACCCCGACCCCCACCCCAGGUACUACUACUUUGCACACUUGUAAGGAAAAAGGGGGCCGAAUGGUUAGAAAGUCUCCAUUCCAUUCACUUCAGAAAAAAGUGGGGAUAAGAAGCUCCUUGGCCAAAGAGGGGGGGUUGGGAGAGGUAGAUACUGUGUGGGAACAUGCAGAAAUAGGGAUGAUCAUACUUGAAAUCCCUGGGGUUGAACUUUAAGACAUGUGAUAUAACUCCUUUUUUUCCCCCUGUCUGGUCAUCUUUGUUUUCGUUUUGGUUUUUGUCUGGUGGUCUUUGUGAGAAGUCCAGCGCAUUGGCAAUUGUGUUAAAUCUGCAGAAAUUGCCUGUUGGAAACCAGAUGUGGAGGCUGAGUGACCUUUAGGCAAAGACUUGGACACAUUCCAACUCUCUGAAUGUUUAUGACUUAAGACUGGUGCUGUUGGCCCAAGGGCCAUUGCUGUCCACCAUGAACACUUUUUAUUUCAAGGUUCCACAAUAGCAAGACAGUUAUUUGGAAGCAAGUUGUUUUAUACCGCCCCUUUUGUAUCAGUUAUCUAUUGCCACAUAACAAAUGACCACAGACAUACUGGUUUAUGUUAUAUACAUUUAUUAUUGUAGUUUCUGUAGGUUGGGAGUUCAGGCGUGGCUUAGCUGGUUCCUUUGAUUAAGGUGUCAGCCAGGCUGCAUUCUCAUGUGGGAGUAUGGCCAAAGAAGAAUCCACCUGUGAGCUCAGGUUGUAGGCACCGGUAGAAUUCAUUUCCUUGACUGGGGACUUUGACUUCUUACUGGCUGUCAGUUGAGGCCACUGUGGUUUCUAGAAGCUGCCUGCAGUUUCUUAUCACGUGGGCUUAUCCAGUAUGGCUGCUUACUUCAUCAAGCCAGAAAGGAGAGUCUAUAGAAUAGUCUGCUACAAGAUAGUUUUUUAAUUGUGAAGAACCCCCCACAUAACAUCAAUUUUAUCAUCUUAACUAUUUUUAAUCAUUUGUACAGUACAGUAGUGUUAACUAUGUGCAUAUUGUUGUAUGACAAACCUCUAGAAAUUUUUCCUUUUGCAAAACUGAAACUCUACACCCAUUGAACACUUCCUCAUUUCCCCCUUCUCCUAGCGCCUGGUAACUACCAUUCUGCUUUCUGACUCUAUGAGAUACCUCAUAGAUACCUCAUAUAAGUGAAUCGUACACUGUCUUUUUGUGACUGGCUUAUCUCACUUAGCAUAAUGUCCUCAAGGUUUAUCCAUGUUGUAGCCAAUGACAAAACUUCCUUCUUUUAAAAAGUUGAAUGAUAUUCCAUUGUGUGUAUAUACCACAUUUCUUUUUUUAUAUGCAAAGUUUCACAAAUUUUAUUUUUUUAAGUUUUUAUUUAAAUUCCAGUUGACAUACAGUGUUCUAUUAGUUUCAUGGAUGCAAUAUAGUGAUUCAGCACUUCCGUACAUCACGCGCUGCUCAUCACAAGUGCCCUCCUGAAUCCCCAUCACCUAUUUCACCCAUCCCCCCACCCACCUCUCCUCUGGUAACCAUCAGUUUGUUCUCUGUAGUUAAGAGUCUGUUUCUUGGUUUGCCUCUAUCUCUCUUUUUCCCCUUUGCUCAUUUCUUUUGUUUCUUAAAUUCCACAUAUGAGUGAAAUCAUAUCGUGUACCACAUUUCUUGACACUUAGGUUGCUUCCACUUUUUGGCUCUUCUGAAAAAUGGCACACUGAGCAUAGGUGUGCAAAUGUCUUUUCAAGACCCUGUUUUCAACUCUUUACGAUCUUUACCCAGAAAUGGGAUUGCUAGAUUAUAUGGUAUUUCUAUUUUUAGUUUUUGAGGAACCUGUCCAUGUUUUCCAUAGAGGCUGUACCAUUUUACAUUCCCACCAACAGUGCACAACGGUUCUCUUUUCUCCACAUCUGCACCAGCGCUUGUUAUCUUCUGGGUUUUGUGUUUGUUUGUUUGUUUGUUUGUUUGUUUUGGAUAGUGCUCAUCCUAACAGGUGUGAGCUGAUAGCUCUCUGUGGUUUUGAUUUGGAGUUCUCUGAUGAUUAGUGAUGUUGGGCAUCUUUUUAUAUGCUUGUGGGCCAUCUGUAUAUUUUCAGUGGAGGAAUGUGCAUUUAAGUUCUUUGGCCACUUUUAAACCAGGUUAUUUUUUUUUUUAAUUUUUAAUUUAAAAAAAUGUUUAUUGUAUUUAUUUUGAGAGGGAGAGAGAGAGCACGAGAGAAUCCCAAGCGGGCUCUGCACUGCUGGUGUGGGGCUUGAUCUCAUGAACCAUGAGGUCAUGACCCCAGUUGAAACCGAGAGUCAGACGUUCAACUAACUGAGCCACCCAAGUACCCCAGGUUAUUUGUUUUUAAUUGUUGAGCUGUAGGAGUUCUUUCUGUAUUCUGGAUAUUAACCUUUUAUCAAAGAUAUGAUUUGCAGAUAUUUUCUCCCAUUCCUUAGCUUGCCUUUUCACUCUGCUUAUUGUUUCCUCUGACAUACAGAUAUUUUUAAGUUUGAUGUAGUCCCAUUUGUCUAUUUUUGCUUUUGUUGCCUGGCAAGAGAGGGUUUUACAUAAUGUAACAUAAUCAUGGGAGUGACAUCUUAUCGCCCUAACCACAUUCUCUUGAUUAAAAGCAAGUCACAGGUCCUAGCAAUAUACACGUGGAGAGGAUCACACGAAGGCAUAAACACCAGGAGGCAGGAUCAUGGGGGCCACCUUAAGGUCUGUCUGCAUGCAAAGGCCAGUAAAAGCCUAUUUUUUAUUUAACAUUUAACAAACAUUUUUUAAGGUCUGUUUCCUGCCAAGCAUUGUGCUUGGGGAUUAUGAAAUAAAUGUGGCAUGGUCUCUGCUGUCCACGGGCUUACAGUUAAACAUUACAGGUUCUAGUUAUGGGUGGAAGGGAUCCAGCCUCCUAGAGAAAAGUGACAGGAACAAUCAGAACUGAGGGGGCAGACACACGGUUUGUCGCUCGUCCAGUGUGACCUACCUUGAGGCAGCCCUCCCUCUCUCCCCUUCUGGAGUCCUGUCCAAGGGAAGACGACUGCCCACCACUCAGCUGAGGGGUUGAGGCUCUAACUCCUCAUAAAUACUUAGGAAACUUGCAAAGUACAGUCAGCCGUCCUUAGGCCUCCCAAAGUUUCAGCUCUUUGAAUCUAGGUAUGGAGGUUACUCAAUAAGAAGAUCAUAGGAAAUAAUUGCCUGUUAGUGCACAAAGUUUUAGACACCCCCUCUUUUCCCUGUGGCCCCUGGGUACAUGUAAUAGAUUUUAUAGUUCAAAAUCCAGCUUACCAAUCUUUGUACCAUUCACAAACUGGCAAUUAAAUGUUAACUGUGAAUCCAGAAAAUAGAGGAUACUUCAAAGAAGGAAAAGCAAGGGCAUGAACUCCACCCAAGCAGCCUCUGUGUGACCUGAGGAGCAAGGAACAGACCCACAUUAGAGCCCUGAUGUGAGUGGAUGUUGGGCAUGUUCUGCUGGGGACAACAAAGGUUAUUACCUUAGGACUUAUUCCGGAGGCGGAGGAGAAGGUGCUGAAUCAUUCCUUUUGAAGAGAUGAUGGAGGUAGGAGAAGGGGUGCAAGAAGAUCAAAGGGGGACCCAGAACCAUAGGAUUGGGAGAACUGUAAUACAUUUUAAGGUCUCCUUAAAAGAUCAAUUAUAGAAGGGUGCUACAGGAGAGGAAGAAAUGAGAUCUGCAGCUAGCAUUUCUUAGUGCCUAUUAUGAGUGGCAUGCCCGGCUUGGCAUUUUACAGAUGUGAUUUCCUUUAGUCUUUUUUGUAAUGUUUGUUUAUUUAUUUUGAGAGAGAGAGCAUGAGCAGGGGAGGAGCAGAGAGACAGGGAGAGAGAGAAUCCCAAGCAGGCUCCGUGCUGUCAAUGCAGAGCCAGAUGCAGGGGCUCGAACUCACGAACCGUGAAAUCAUGACCUGAGCCGAAAUCAAGAGUUGGACGUUUAACCGACUGAGCCACCCAGGUGCCUCUGAUUUCAUUUAGUCUUUUUGUUUUUUAUUAAACAUUUUUAAAUGUACUCCUGAAAUCAUUGUUGCACUAUAUGCUAACUAAUUUGGAUAUAAAUUAAAAAAAAAAGACUAAUGAAAAUAGAGAACACAAAAAAAUAUAUAUAUAUAUAUAUUGUACACCUGAAACUAAUAUAACACUAUAUGUUAACUAUACUCAAAUUAAAAUUGAAAUAGGGGAUGAGAUCAUGCCAUUUGAGAUAACAUGCAUGGACCUAGAAGGUAUUUUGCUACAUGAAAUAAGUGAGACUAAGAAAGACAAAUACUAUAUGAUUUCAUUCAUAAGUGGAAUCUAAAAAAACAAACAAAAAGCAGAAUUGAACCUAUAAAUACAAAGAACAAACUGAUGGUUGCCAGAAAGGAAGGGUGUGGGAGGUUGGGCAAAAUGGGUGAAGGGGAAUAGAAGAUACGGGCUUCCAGUUAUGGAAUGAGUAAGUCACAGCAUAAGGAUACAGUGGAUGAUAUUGUAAUAGCGAUGUAAUGGGACAGGUGGUAGCUACGUUGUGGUGAAAAUAGCACCAUGUAUAAACCUGUCAAAUCAUUAAGUUGUGCACCUGAAACUAAUGUAACAUUGUGUGUUAGCUAUGCUCAAAAAAAAAAAAAAAAGAAAAAACAUCUUUUAAAAAUGUUUAUUUAUUUUGAGAGAGGCAGAGAGAGCACAAGCAAGGGAGGGGCAGAGAGAGAGGGAGACACAGAAUCCAAAGCAGGCUCCAGGCUCCGAGCUGUCAGCACAGAGCCUGAUGUGGGGCUGGAACCCAUGAACCGCGAGAUAAUGACCUGAGCUGAAGUUGGACACUUAAUUGACUGAGCCACCCAGUCAGGGAAAACUGGGAAUGAAAUCAGCCAUUUAUUUUAUUUUAUUAAAAAAACCUUUUUUUUUUAAUGUUUAUCUGUUUUUGAGAGAGAGAGAGACAGAGUGCAAGUGGGGGAGGGGCAGAGAGAGAGAGGGAGACACAGAAUUCGAAGCAGGCUCCAGGAUUUGAGCUGUCAGCACAGAGCUCGACACGGGCUCAAACUCACGAGCCGUGCAAUCAUGAGCUGAGCUGAAGUUGGACGCUUAACUCACUGAGCCACCCAGAUGCCCCUGAAAUCAGCCAUUUAAAUAAAGCUAGCAUGGAUGAAUAUAAUCUGGAAUAGUAAGGGUUAAGAGUUUUUUUUUUUCUUCAAAGCCCCCCAACCUCUAUUGUUGAGAUUUCUGUCAUCGUAGAAGCAUAGAAUGGUAGUGAUUCACUAGUACAAAGUUCUCAUCUAAUAGCUAAGAAAACUGAAGCCCAGAGAGGGUGAAGUACUUGUCCAAGGUCACACAGCUAGAGGGUGGCAGAGUCAAAAAUACAAGUGAGGUCUCCUGAUUCUAAGUCAAGAGAUCUUUUACUAUACCUCAGAGGUCUUCUGGCAAAAAUGGAAAACUUAAAAACAGACAGUAUAUUAAAUACUGUCCUAAGACUAGAGUCCAGGUAGAAAACUGUAAACAUUCCACACAUUUGGUCCAUUUCUCACUAGCGCAUGCUUUGUUUUAAUUAUGGCAAAGAAUGCUUGGUCUUGUUCCAGUCUACUCAGUUUCUUCUUCUUCCUAAGCCUUCUGUCUCUGGUCUCUGCCUUGUGCGCCCCCCACCCCCAACCCCUGCCCAUCCCAAGGACUGAUAAGUAGGACUCUGCUGUGUGAAUCACAAACACCUACAACUGAGACAAGCACACAAUCAACUUGCUAGGAGAUCCAUGCCACUUAAGAGGCCGCAGGCAGCUGCCCCCAUCCAGACUUCUUCAUGGGAGAAUUCCAGAGGCCACAGAACUUCGCAUUCAUGGGGGAUUCCCCUCUGAACAUCUUGUCAACAGAGCACACACUCCUAAUCUGACAGGAGGAGUGGGUUUUCCUAUCCAGGCAGGUGACAUAGAGAAUGCCAGCCUGUUGACAUGAAGCCAAAGGGCAGUUGGCUCAAUUAAUCCAAUUCAUUGAAAAUUCUCUUCAACAUGUCCAAGAAUCCCAGUGAACCCCAAGGUGCAUAAACACAAACCACACCAAGGCACUACACAAUCAAAUUCUGAAAAGCAGGGAUAAAGACAAAAUCUUAAAGAUGAGACUAAUCACUGGUUUGUCAUCAAAAACAAUGCAAACCAGAAGAUAUUGGGAACAUCUUUAUUUUUUUAAAGUUUAUUUAUUUAUUUUGAGAAAGAGACUGCAUGGGAGGAGCAGAGAGCGAGAGAGGGAGAAUCCCAAGCAGGCUCUGUACUGUCAGUGCGGAGCCCGACACGGGACUCAAACUCAUGAACUGUGAGAUCAUGACCUGUGCUGAAAGCAAGAGUUGGAUGCUUAACUGACUGAGCCACCCAGGUGCCCCGGAACAACGUCUUUAAAGCAUUAAAAGAAAAACACUGUCAACCUCCAAUUUUAUAUCCAGUGAAAAUGUUCUUCAAAGAUGAAGGCAAAAUAAAGACAUUUCAGUGAAGCCAAAGCCAAGAGAAUGCAUCGCUAGUGAAUUUGCACUACAAGGAAUGCUAAGAGAAGUUCUUCAGGCUGAAGGAAAAGGAUACCAGAUGGACACAGGAGUUUACACAAAGGAAUGAAGAGUAAAUACAGUCCUGCCCACACUGAAGAAAAGUGACAUGGAUACAAGACCUAGAUAUCAGGGAGUGGGAAUCUUGGGAUUCUGCCUGCUGCAAGCCCUGAAUGAGAGGCCUCUGAAUGGCUCUGUGCCUCUCUUAGGGAAAAUAGGCUUUGUACCACCUUGGGCAAGGGGCUGCGUGCUUCUGGCAGAGGACUCACUCAAGGAUCCGAGAAUCCCGAGAAACAGAGAGUCCUCCACAUGCAUGAAGCAUGUUCACCUAUACAUGUGAAUCACGUUCGUGAUAAGUUGCGGGAGAUAGUAGGAGUCUCCACAAACUGGAGAGACCAUGUGAAAGCAAUGGAGGAAAGAAAAUUACUUCAGAGUUUUUUGGCUCAGUCACAGAAAGGACUGCCACCCAGGAGAAUGAAAGACAGUUAUAUCGAGGUUCUCUUGCCUUUGGGUAGUCAGCCUGAAUUACGAGAGAAAUACUUGACUGUUCAAAACACCAUCAGAUUUGGCAGGAUUCUUGAGGAUCUUGACAGCCUAGGAGUUCUCAUUUGCUACAUGCACACCAAGAUUCAUUCAGCUAAGGCGUCUCCUCUGUCUAUAGUUACAGCCCUGGUGGACAAGAUUGAUAUGUGUAAGACGAGCUUAAGUCCAGAACAGGACAUCAAGUUCAGUGGCCAUGUCAGCUGGGUUGGGAAGACAUCCAUGGAAGUGAAGAUGCAAAUGUUUCAGUUACACGGCAAUGAAUUUUGUCCUGUUUUGGAUGCAACCUUUGUAAUGGUGGCUCGUGAUUCUGAAAAUCAAGGGCCGGCAUUUGUAAAUCCACUCAUCCUUGAAAGCCCAGAGGAAGAAGAACUCUUUAGACAAGGAGAAUUGAACAAGGGGAGAAGGGUUGCCUUCAGCUCCACGUCAUUACUGAAAAUGGCUCCCAGUGCCGAGGAGAGGACAACCAUACAUGAGAUGUUUCUUAGCACGCUCGAUCCAAAGACUAUAAGUUUUCAAAGUCGAGUUUUACCCCCUCAUGCGGUGUGGAUGGAGGAUUCAAAACUGAAGAGCUUGGAAAUUUGCCAUCCUCAGGAGCGGAACAUUUUCAAUCGGAUCUUUGGCGGUUUCCUUAUGAGGAAAGCGUAUGAACUUGGAUGGGCUACUGCUUGUAACUUUGGUGGUUCCCGACCGUUUGUAGUAGCAGUGGAUGAUAUCAUGUUUCAGAAACCCGUUGAGGUUGGAUCACUGCUGUUUCUUUCUUCGCAGGUUUGCUUUACUCGGGACAAUUACAUUCAAGUCAGAGUGCACAGUGAGGUGGCCUCUCUUGCGAAUAAAGAGCAUAUGACCACCAAUGUCUUCCAUUUCACGUUCAUGUCAGAAAAAGAAGUGCCCUUGGUUUUCCCCAGAACCUACGGAGAGUCCAUGUUGUAUUUAGAUGGGCAGCGGCAUUUCAACUCCAUGAGUGUACCGGCGAACUUGAGAAAGGACUACCUUGUGGAGCCCUAGGAAAACCAUGCUUGUUUAAGAGCAGCCCUCCACGGUGGCAUAGUGCCUGUUGAAAGCCCGAUCAAGUGUUUUGGUUUCAGUCUUUAUUCUCAUCCUCUUUUGAGAAGAAGAAUGUAUUCAACCUUUAGGAUGAUCAGCAAAGCAGAACAAGAGAGUGGCUGGGUGGGGCAGAGGAAGAGGGAGUUAUUAAACAAUAAACACUCUCAAGACAAUUUAAAUUAGAAACCUACCAUGUCACCUCCUGUGUGGUAAAGAAAUGAGGGCAGAAUGCCUUUAUAUGCAGUUGGAAACGUUUCUUUUCUUAAGCUUAUCACAAGCUAUCCGUAUGUGCAGUUUCCUGCCAAGGUAUUUGGAGGGUAUUCCUUAAGCCUGACGCUGCAGUUCCCCUGUAUUGUCUAAAUCCCAUCAACCCUACAUGAGUCCUCUGUGUUUUGCCUGCCUCUCCUUCCCAGCUUUGGUUGUUGGCAGGAGGCAGAUGAAAAGUGGGGGUGAAGGGAGCGAACAAAAGGUAAGGCAUUUGGAAGGAUUUGUGGGAAGCUUUAAGCCUAAAGCCAUACCAAGAGGAGGUGUUCAGAGAUGAUCUGUAUGAGGACACACAGGACCAUGUGUUCAUUCUUUCGUUCACCAGAUAGCUUUUCACACUCUACUCGGAGCUGGCCAGGAUAUAUCUGAUUCAAAAACAGGAACAGUGACAAUAAUGGCUGCUUAUGCUUGCUGAACACUUGCCAUGUGCUAAGGCACUGUCCUGAGCACUUGACGUGUAUUAGCUCAUGUAUUUCUUCUACCACCACUAGAGGUAGGUUCUCUAACCCUCUCAGGUUAGGUCACUCAAGCACAGACAGGUUAAGUGACCUGCUCAUGGUCUCACAGCUAGUAAGUGGUGGUGCUGGCAUUCAGAGGCAGGCAGUGUGGCGCCAGGGCACGCUUGACCAGUACAUGGGACUGCUUUCUGUGUCCAGGAUCAUAGUGUCACCUAGGAACCCAAAGGGAGGUAUUCUCAUGAGUCUAGCCAAGACAAAGUUUCUUUCUUGAUGGGAUGGGAGGUCGAUUGAGUCCGGGAGAGACAAAAACCAGGCUUUUGGGAAGAAAAGAGUCCUCUCUGGCAAGGUGUUUCCCCACACUGUACUUGCACCAUCCUGAGCUUCUCUGGGCCCUUCAGUACAGCAUUUUGCAGAUUUACCUGUGACUCGGUGGGGACUCUGGGAGUUGUGUGAAUGUGUUAAGGGCAGUUCAAUGAAGAGACCUACUGUCUGCUGUCUUACAGAUUAUAUGUUAUACAUUUAAACAUUUUUUGCUUAUUCACUGAGAUUCUUUCUAGAACUUUUCUUGCUAUUCUAAGCAUGGUUCCAGUAAAUAUCCUAAAUAGCUAAAAUAUUUAACCUUUAAAUGAUUUCCUUAGGAAAAUUGCAGAGAAGUGAUACCUAGGUCAGAAUAGUGUGCACACAUUGAAGGCUUUGAAUAUGCAUUUCACAUAACCUUCUAGAACAGUUGGAGACCUUCAUUCAUUCAUCGAUUUCCCUGAAGUUUGCCAAGUUUUAUUCUUUUUAAACAUCUUUGCCCUUUUGAUAGGUGAAAAAGGAUAUUUGUUAACGGGCUGUCUUUGAAUUUUGCCGAGAUUGAACUUUAAAAAAUUGCUUAUUGUGUUUUUAGUUAAAUUACUAGUUCAGGUAUGGAUAUCAGAAUCUUAACUCAGAACAUGUUCCCUCCCAUUAAAGGUUUUCAUAUGAUAAGAACAACAGGUUUUGAUUUUUAUUAAAACAAUUUUUUUAGGUUUUCAUUUUUAAUACAGGACUUGGAGAAGAUGAGAUGAAGCGAAGUAUGAAGGACAUACAGUAGGCUCUAGGUAUUUAGUGUUCUGUCCCUCUUUAAAGAUAGUGAGUGUUUGGUCCUAGCACCAUUACGUGUUGAGCAUGGAAUUUCCUAAUGUGGGUUGGACAUGGUUUUGUACUGAGUUGUCCAUCCCGAGACAUCCUAAUUUUACUUCAGGCGUUUAUUACCAAGUUCUUUGUUUUUUGCUUAGACAUUUCUUCAGUUGGUCUUCGAGGAUGGUGUCUUUAACACUGGUUUUUUAGAAGAAUUGACACUGAUAUGCUGUGCACUAUGUUGUGCGUGCCCUUGUGAUGCCGUGGAUCCAUUUCUUGUGGAACCUGAAUACUCUGCACAUUCCCUUUGCUACCCGAGUUCUCUGUGACGAUCUGCUUUCUCUCAUCUCUUAGAACAGAGCCCAGAGCUUGAUGGCUGAAGAAUGGAAGUCUCCCCUCCCACCCCACACCCGUCACCCCAGGGAAUUCAACAUUUUAGUUUUCUUUUUGAUAAGCUUGCGCAGAAAGAAAGACCCUUUAUCUUCCUAAAGGCAUAUUUGAGUCUGUGGGAUGGCCAGGCCCACCUGGGGAGUUCUUAUCCCUGUGGCCUUGGCUGCAGUCACCUAGGCAGCUGUAGGCAGCUGUGUGCAGCCGGGGGCGUGUCUGGGGCCGGAACAUCUGGCACCUCAGCUGGGGUGGCUGGAAUCGGGUGGAGGUUGGCCAGACCUCUUAACAGGCUGGUUGGAUUUUUUAAAUGGUGUCUUGAGGGCUCCAAGAGCAGCCAGCCAGAGUUUUAGAUCCUAACUACACCAUCCUCCUGCCUCUCAAAGCCAUUUUCAUGCCGGGAACAAUCAGUGAUGUCCUGGAAGUUGACAAAGAAGAUACCUUGGAUACUAGUGCUAAUGAAAUAGUCUUGUAUAAACAUUUAUUAACAAGUAACACUGGGAAACACUACAUAGGAUACCCCUCCUCUGGUAGUUUUUAAAGCAUAUUAGGUUACAAAAGACUCCGAAAAGUAGGUCCGUAAGAACACCUGUUUAACUUUGUUUAAUCAGCUUUUGUGAAACUUACUUGGCCAUGGUCUUUUUUUCUUAUUAAUACCUAUUAAUAAAUUGCACACAUGAGAAGAGGGAGGCAAAAGGAAGUGCGUUAGAGGAUGGUGAAGGGUAGUUUAUAUUUGCUUCCAUUUUGAUACGGAGAAGACAAGUUUGUUAACAAUUUCUGUUUCUCGCCAGACCCUCAAGCUCAAAUUCAGUGUUUUAUGCUUUACAACAAAAACAUUUGAGAGGAGUUAGGGAUUCUUUAUUUGGUUCCAGAACCCCAUGACAACUUGUAUGUUGGUGAAGUGCUGCAAUAAUCAGUGAGAAGAUGUAAUCAUCAUAAAAAAGGAACUUUUAUAUAUGACUAACGUAUUGGAGUCUUAGUAUGUGUCAGGCAAUAUGCUAAUGACAUUCAGAUGUAUUUGCUCAUUUAAUCCUUACAGCCACCUUUGGAGGUCAAUAGCAUUGUUACCCACAUUUUGCAGAGAGAGGUGAGGCUGCAAAAGGGACAGGGGCUAUAUAUGUAAUCUCAGGAUACAGUUAGGUCUCUAACCAUGAGAGAUGAUGGUGAAAUAGUUUUGGGAUUUUAGUUCCCUUAUAGAAUAGAUUUUCACUGCAUUUGUGAUUGACUCUCUGAAUCGACUUGUGAAUGGUCCCCCCCCCC